AUGUCCUGCUCUGGCUACUUUUUCACAUAUGAAGACAGGUGAGGAUUAAUACUACAAAAUAAAAGUCGGCAAAUGCUUCCAAAACUGAACGAUCAGAUCACAAUACUUACAGGUUGCUUCCCUUAAAAUUUAGCGCCGUCCACUUGUGAUCUGAUUCCCAGACAACAUUUGAACAGAAUCACAUGUGCUUUCCUUAAACUGGGUCCCCACAGGUGAAUAAACCAGAAAGAAGUGAAUGCUGAGGAUAAUGAAUUGUCUUUUAAUGAGUGAAGAAAGAAUUUUCUUUUGCCUUCCAUGCACAGAGUUAUUGUUUAUAUUUUCUGGUCUGUAAAUAUUCACACACUAUUUAUAGAUAUAUACAUACAACUAUACAGAUAGAGCGUCAUCUGAUGACCACUCACCUUUUAUUGCCUUUUUGCCUUUGUAGGAGUUUAAGUUAUUAAGCAUGUACAAUAAAAAGCUCUGUUUACUUUUAAGGGCGUUUAAGGGUUUAAGUGUGUCACUUCAGUAUGCCCUCCUAGAGUCCCCUAACUUGAAUCAGUUAAACAUGAAACAGUGACUGCUGCUGAAUUAUGCUCUUUUUAAAACAGAUGUUAAUGCCCCUCUUUGUUGUCCUCGAUCCUGAUUUGAAUCCAUGCAGAGAGAUGAUGCUGAAGCACUUCAUCUACUGCAGAUAUCAUCACCUAACCAAAAUUUGUAAGGAUGUGUCGAUAUUUUAGUUUGUGUGAUAUUAUUGCCUGUGACCUCAGCUCAGGCAGCAAAUUUUUUCUAAACAUCAAACAGUUCUGGUUCCUUUUUACUUAGUGUCACAUGAAACUCUAAACGAUACUGUAUGUGUGAGGAGGUGUGAAAGCUCAAUGAUGUUUGUAUAAAACUGCAGUCACUGCUUACAAUGGGGCUGUACCUCUGUUCUAAAUAAAAUGUGUACAUAUGUAUUUCCACACUUAAUUUCUAUCUGUGUUUCUUUACCACCAACGUUUAAACAGUACAGAUUAAUGGUAUAAAAAUGUCUCAUUCAAUCCACAGUGGGCAGUGUUGGACUGUGACGACCAGGUUGUUUGACAGUUGUCCUUAGCUUAUCUGACUGACUGUGUCUCUUAUCUUACAAAUAUCAUACAAACUCUCGAUGAGGUGCGGGUCGGGCCAUUUAGCUGUCCAAUUAUGCACGAUGAAAUCAUAGUCAGUAAACCAUUUGGUAGUAGUCCUGGCACUGUAGGCAGGUGCUGGAAGAGGAACAGGUGCCAUGAAGUGCUCUGAAGUCUCCUGGUAGACCAGUACCAACAGAUGACAUGGCGCCCCAAAUCAUCACUGACUGCAUAAAAUCUAAGUCUCGUGAGGCUGUAUGGAUAAUGCUAUAAUGCCAUGGUUUCCCCCUCUUAAUUGUUUGUUUUUUAUGCAGAUCCUGAGUAAUACGUGAAGCCACAUGUUUGCUCAGUAAGUACUUUUUUGUUGUUGUUGUUGUUGACAUGUAGGCCUUGAUUGUUUUAAAUGUUUUCAUGUAUUGGUACUACUUUGAAGGCAGCUUAGCAUGUGCAAAACUAGAGUCAAAGAUUUCCCCUAACAGCUGACAAAUCGUAUCAAUAGCAUUAAACUAUAUCCUGUCCUAUAGUAAUAUAAUGUAAUGUAACAUAAUGUGACGUAACAAGGUAACGUGACUUAUCCCAUUGUAGCAUAAGGUGUUGCAAUUUAUGGGGCUGUAUCGUAACGUUACAUUAUGUUACAUUAUUGUAGUAAAAGAGUUAUCAUAUCGUAAAGUAACAAAAUGCAAAUCAUUGAAACUUAUAAAACCCGAUGUAAGGUAACAAAUUGCAUCAUAUAGAAUCAUAUCUUGUUGCAGUAUAUCGUAGCACAACUAAGAUGACAUAACAUAUAUAACCUAAUGUUACAAAACACAACAUAUUGAAUCAUAUCAAAUCAUUUCCUGUUGUGUCAAUAAUAGAAAGUAAAUUACCUUGAUGUUACGUAAUGGCACACAAAGAUGUCACAAAAAUAUAUCAAAUCAUAUCUUAUCCAACCAUGUAUUGAAUCAUAACGUAAUGUAUUGUACUGAAAUGUACCGUAUCAUAUUGAGUUGUAACUUUUAACAUGGUUUGGUAUGAUAUGGCAUUAUAUCUUAAGGUGGAUCUGAAUGCUCUAUAAGUGAAUUUGUCAUCAAGCUGGAUAUCCAGUAACACCAGAGAGCGAGACAGAACAAACAAGACUUGUUCCUUAAUAACUAAAAAACAAACAUAUAAAUAAAACAGUCAAGGGAAGACUAUUCUCAGAAGAAAGGACUUCAGAGUGUGUUAAACUGGUCCUGCAGAAGUUGAAGCUUUGAAACAUACACAACAUGAAGUCCUGUGUGUUUCUUCUCAGCAGACCCAGCAAAGCCUGAGGAGCUAAAAAUUAAAUCAACUUGCAGUCUGCAAAGGCAUCUCGAACAAAUGACAUUACUGAUCUAAUAUACUUCAAUCAUUAUUCAGAACACAUGACAGGACUCUGUAACAUCUGUUUCCCAAGAUUUUUAUAAACUAAUAAGGAAAUCAAAAGCAGACGUAAUUGAAACUGUCAUCAUCAGCAAAUCAACUUCAGCUCUAAGGAGGCGGUUAAAUGUAGGAUACAGUGUAAGGAGAGCCUGACCCAAAUUAGCUCAUCGGAAAGUCAGAGACCCCAGCCUCUGCAUCUAUCUCACAGCACAUUAAUAACCCAGAAUACCCCAUUCUCUUCUCUCUCAGGUUUUACUGGGAUAGCAAAUAACAUAUGGAGGUUUUCUCAAAAUCUCUGUUUAGUUUUCUCCUAUAUAAAAGAUACAACGGCUUACUUUUACUGUGAUAAUCAGAGACUGAUAUCACUCCUUGGAGUCAAAUCUCAUGUUAUUUUUCUCAUCAUCUAGAAAUAACAAAUCUGGUUUUCCCAUUAUUUUCAUUAUUUCAAGAUGACAAAGACUAUUUUCUAAAUUUCCUGGUCUAGAAAGCAAAACAAUAGGCUGGUCACUGUGCUAGGCCAUUAGACCAUGACUUGCCAUGUUGCUAUUGUCCACACUAAUGAGGUAGUUUGGCUUAUUUCUGUGUUUGUUUUGUGCUUUUGCAACACCAGGCAUACAAGUCAUUAUCUUUUGUUAAAUCAGAAAUUAACCAAAAUGGAGUAGAUGAGCUGUUGAGAUAGGAUUAAUUCAGGCGAAAUUUUAAAGUUUAAAGAAUAGGCAGCAUAAUUUUUCUGUCCUAAAAGGUACGAGUUAAUGCACUUAGUGCUUGCUUUGGAAGAACAAACUGAAUAUAUGUGACAUCACAUGGGGGGUCAGCUACAGUGAACUACAACUUUUUUAAACAUAUUAUAAACACUUUAUUACCUCUAGAUUCAGAUCUAAAUUACUAGAAUAACAUUGUAUGUCACUUGCGUUAUUACUAGAAUAAAAUGGUAGUAUUACAAGGAAAAAAAGUAGGAGUAAGUAGUAUGAGUAUUAUAUAGCCUGUACAUAAUUUUGAAGGAACACAGCAGGAGAGCCGCUUGCAGCUUAAAAUAAAAGAGAAACAUGGGGCAUCAUGUGAACUCAAACUACGAUGAAAACUUCUUUAAAAAACUAGAUAUUUUUCAUUCAUCUGAGUUUGUUGUAAAAGCAAGAAAGCUGGCAGGCAGAAGGUGCACUUUUCUGCAACUUCUCUGUUUGUCCUUGGCUGAUCAAUUUAACCUCUCCAGAUGAUCCACAUUCCUCAUUUGAGUGCAGGUAACUGGCUGCUCCAUUACACAUUAUUUUAGCCUUCAAGAUCAAACAUACCCUGUUACUACAAUUUCUACAAAGUUGUUGUUGUUGUUGUUGUUUCACAACUUUACUCCACAAAUCUUUACAAAUUCAAGUUUCUCAUAUCAAAAAGUAUUUUUCUUUUGCUAUUAAAUACAGUCACUCUAAGUGAAGUCUGUGCUAGUUGCUAUGUUACUGAUCAUACUUGUCACAUAGCUGAACUGAAAAGUAUGCUGGUUAUGUUUAAUGAUCAAAAAAGACGCCAAAGAUAAACGUGUUUCCACUCCUGUGGGUGCAAACGUGAAAAUUGGCCGAGGUCCAUGAAUGCCUCACUGACCAUUAUUUGAUAGAGGAUAUAUGUACACAUAGGGCGAUCAUGAAACACAUCCUCGCCCUGUUCUGUUUAACUCUGGCUUACAUGUUGACGUGUUUAAACUAGGACCGGUCAAAAUGUUGAUAUAAAUGAACAUUUGAUCACUAACUGUCAUCAACAGCAAACCUGGCAACCCGGCUGUCUAGUCAGCCGUAUUUUGAGUCGAAAAUGUGCUAAACUUCGUUCGCUGUAGCUUUUAAUCCGCUCGAUCUGAACAUUUUACAGAAAUAUUUCGAGUUGGUGAUGGAAAUCAGGUUUCUUCAUCACGUGAAUGGCAUCUGCACGGUCAACCGUUUGUAUUGGUCACUUGAACGCACCUGAUCCGCCAUAUUAGAAACGUGAUCACCGUUUCAUCCGGCUUUGAUUUGCAUCCACGGGGCAAAAAUGUCACGAUUAAACCCUACAUCGAUAUCCCCUGGUCGAAAUUGUUUUUUAAUGUGUGCUUUAAAAUUGAUAGUUUACCUGGGAGAAGAGUGUAAAUCAAUAUGGUGGAGAUUAAUGGUAUUAUUGGCACAUUUGAUUCUCAUAUAAGCUUCUUUCGUUGUUUUUAUGUAAGUGUUAUUAGAUUGUUAUUAAUUUCUGGCACCGUUUUUUUCCCUCCGUCUUUGUCUGGAUAAAUCUACGUGAAGAAACCCUCUGUUGGACUGACAGAUCUUGCUGAGCUGAGAGUAUGAACUCUCUCAACCCGGAUUCUUGCCCCUGAUUGGACCCGAGUUGUGUACUUAAGCGCGGCUUGUUAUAGUCGCUUUGAUAAAAGCCACCCAUCGUAGAAGUUUGUCGUGUCUGUGCAGCUGAAGAGAGGUCACGUUACAUGACAGAUGUGGCAUGUAUCGAUGAAGUUAACGCAGUUUAAUGAAGCAAUUUAAUUGCCAACCAUGCAGCCACUGAUUGCUCAUUCUGCGCCUGCGCGAGGGGGAAAAAAGAUGGAGAAACAGAAUGAAUGCCGUCAGAUGGGAUAGUAACAAGAAGAGGUCUCACUCUGCCUCUUUUUCAGUUGGGUUAAAAUAGACAUGUGGGGGGACUUCAUCCUUAAAGGAAUUUCGUCUGACCUAUUGAGUUUACGAAAAGGUCAUCGGGACAAUACAGAACACAGAAAUAUGUGUAAGCCUUAUAUAGCCUACUUAUGAACCCAUAAUUAAAAAUAUAAGUUGACAAAAGUAACCCCUGUACAGUUGUUUUAAAUUUAGGAAUGGGAAACAGCAAACAAAAAGAUAUGACAAUGUUUUGCACUAAACUAUAACUUUUUAAACUCAGCCGCAAAGCAUUUUAGUAUGGACUCUAUUUGAGUUUUGAAGCAGCCUCAAGUGGAAAUUUGAAACUGCGUUUGAGUCAAUAAAUUUAGUGUCAUUUUAGAAUUUUUGGUUUGACUUAUGCCAUCUGAUAACAGGAAAGAGAUGGAGGUUAUGACCUGUGCUGCAACCAGUCAGGAGAAGCUCUAAAUCUUUGGGCUUCACGGUCUGUGAACACUUGUGGUAGCAUGUUUAGCAUCAUGUAACUUACGCUGCAUCCCAGUUGUCCUCAGAAGUCGUGAUUUCCAAAGCUCUGAGUCGGAAAUCCAUCAAAGUCAGAUGAUUCUUGCCAACCCCGACUUGACGACAACGUUAUAAUUCAAGAUGGCAUUGCAGUGCAUCAAGAGUACAGUAAAGAGUAGCAGUAAAAGCUCGUGUAAUGUAUUAUUUAUUAGCACUUCUGUUUUGUUUUUGUGAAAUUGAGUAAGUGGUUGCCCAACGUCUAACUGUGAACACGGUGCUAUGGUGUUUGUAGGGUAAAAUACUGUGUUGUGUGUUGUUUACGACUGGUAUCGCUAACAACAACUAACAACCGCUGACAACAGCUAACAACAGCUGACAACAGCUAACAACAACUGACAAUGGCCAACGACAGCUGACAAUUGAAAACAGCUAACAGUGGGUAACUGUAGGCGUCCAUCUUGGUUUUCCGAGCCUUGUUAACUGUAACGCUGUCAACUUGGGUGUAACGUCAUUCCCAGCUCUGGCGUCCAAUGUAACUGGAACACAGCAUUAAACACCAUUACCCACAUUCCCAAGGUAACCUCAAAUUUCAGGACAUCUGUUUUUAAUUACAUUUGUACAGCUUUCAAAAGUUGAAACCAGGUGCAGUUUUUUUCUUUUUAAAUCAGUGUUUUCCUUAGCAGUUCAGGAGUCCACAUUUUCUGAAUAUUAGUGUGCAAAGAGGCACUAUCGAAGGUCAUGCCAGGUUUAAGCCAAACUAGGAUGUAGUGUGUUGUCACCACCUGGUGUAAGCUAACAAUGCAAACAACAAAAGGAGCAAACAGCUCAAUAGUCUUCCAAUCUAGGAUGCAUAUUGUGUAUUUCUGAUCAUCAUGUCUAUGCUGUGGCUUUGGUUUGGUUGUAUUUUGUUUGAAUCUGUACAUGCCAAAGCGUUUCCAAAAGACAAAGGAAGAAAAAAUCAGAAGUGCAGUCAACUCAAAUGUGACGUCAUUUCACCUCUGACAUCCACGGUAUAUUGAACACGCCACAUCCUAAUGUCACGUGAGCAAAGACUGUAUACACUAUGGACAACUUGGUUGCGCCUUCCGCCAGUAUACGGAUUUGAAGCCUAAAAGCUCUCGGUAAUUUCGUGUUUUCUCUCCAUUUCCUGAAACCAACAUUGCGCAGUAGCGUUGUACGCAUUCGGCAGGAGAGUCGCCAAGAGUUGCUGUGAUGACACUCGGCUCAAACAGCGUAUCCCCCGGGUGAGCUAUGCAAUCUUCGUACGCCCAUAGGCUGUAUCAAGUGUCAAUCAUAGAAGACAUGAACCCCCUAAUUACUUUUAAAAAUAGAGCUGCACAGAAAAAAAGAGGACUUGAGCACAAACCAGUCUUACAAUAACUACAUGUCAACAUGGCAAGUUUAUGUUCUGUGUAAUACAUUUUUAAAGUUUGUCCACAUCUCCAAAAGCUUUGCUAGCGGAGGCGGGAUAUAUGACCUGUACUGCAGCCUGUCACCAGAGGGUGCUGUUCUCGGAGUGACUCAACCCAGCAAGGAGGCAGAUGGCAUCCAUUCUAUAUACAGUCUAUGGUGUAAGCUAAAUGCAGACAACAAAUAAGUGUAUUUCUGAUCAUCAUGUCUGUAUUGUGGCUUUGGUUUGGUUGUAUUUUGUUUGAAUCUGUACAUGCCAAAGUGUUUCCAAGGGACAAAGGAAGAAAAAAUCAGAAGCGCGGUCAACUCGGAUGUGACGUCAUUUCACCUCCGACAUCCACGGUAGAUUGAACGCGCCACCUCCCAACGUCACGUGAGACGUCACCCGCACGCCGUCAGCCAUCUUCGCAAUAGACGAUCUUCGGUGGUAAAGUGGAAAGUUCUGUGUUGUGCGCACGCGCUCCCUGGGAUUAAUGUCAAGGCACAAAAGUGGCGCUACACCGUUUCAAGCUCUACUCCGGUAAGCGAAUUUCACUCCCGUUUUUGCGGUUUCAGUUUUACGCCUAAUUAGUCAAAGUUUCAGGAACUUGUGCGGGCCGUUGGCCGGUUGUCCAGAGACUCUUUGGGGGGCACCCCGGGGCGUGGAGACACAUUAAAGGUGCAUUAAACAGAUAAAUUUUACAGAUUUGCUCCCCUUGAUGUGUGUGUGCUGCUGCUGCUGCCGCCUCUAGUCUCCAGUAUUGUUCAGUUUGCUCCCUAAUGGCGGACGGCAGUCAGUGCUGUUUUCCGCUGGGGGAGGAGGAGGGGGAGGGAGGGGGCAAAUCUAGCUGGUUUGGAAAGGUUGGGUCAGUAUCUGGUUUAGGGUCACAGUAACUGAAGGGGGGCUCUUGUAAACACGAUGCGGGCAUUUCUUUGCGCCUGGUUGUUUACCACCGCAUGACACAAAUGAAGGUAGUUCAUGUGAUAUGUUAAGCGAGGGCGCCCCUAGCGGCAGCCGGCUAUAUUUGCCACUGAUUGCGCCAGGGGUGGACUCCGUGUAGGGUAACUUUCCAAUUAAACCCUAUCGUCACAGGUAUCAUACAAAUCGGGAUUUUUACUCGGAUUCUUGGUCUGUUUCGUGGCACUGGAGCGUGUUCGACUUGAAAAACACACACACCAUAAGACAUGGAGAGUAUCUGAGGGGGUUGUUGAGUAAAACCGCCCGUUGGUGUGUGUAUUUUCUAGAGACGCGCCGUGUAACGUCUCUCCAUACCUCGUCUCAUUUGCUGUGGGUUAGUUGUGAGCGUUUCUGGUGCUGUGUUCAACAAUGGCGCAGUCUGUGUCUGCUCUCCUCCCCUCGAUCCGCCGCUAAUCCAAUGGCUGUUUGCGCCAGGAAGGGCAGGGGUGGGAACGGAGCGGAACAGAACACCCUGAACCACGUUUCUCCUGGAGCCCAACUUGGGAGCCAGCCUACCCCCUCAUUUACCUGGGCUAUUUAUGGAAGAGCUGCGCAGCUCAGGUAGUGCCGGUUCUGUUUAAUAGUCUUGAUUAAACUUUUAGUCCUGAUGUGUAAAACCCAAGUUUUCUUGGAUGAUACAGAAGGGAAGGAAGCAGCUACGGUCAGGUCGAGUCCUAACCCCAUUGUAACCGAUUGCCUUGACCGGAUUUGGUGCUCGCUAUGGAUCUGAUCCUCUCCCCAUUGAGUGUUGGUAAUCAAGGGCACGGCCAGGGGGACUUAGACGACCUCUUAGAGCUUUGUACGGGCUGUCCUUGCGGUCAGAUUCUCUAACAUUUCAGAUGAGAGCUCAUCAGCUCUGUGGGGCUCAGAAUAGUCCGGAUUCAGUUUUGCAUUUAGCUGCCAGGUAACCGGAAUGGGCUGCAUUUUGGCCCAUCAGCUGGCUUGAGGGGGGGAAGCUGUGGUGGCUGCGCAUUACGCAUCACUUCUCAGUGACAUAAGCCUUAUAUAAUAAUCUCAGGCGUUUGAUUUGAAUUUGUUAUUAGUCUGCUCUGUCUGCGCAACUGGCGCAAACAUCUGCAUGGAGAACAUGGUUCCCGUGUGGCUUGAUUUGCAGACAGACAGGUAAAGGAGCACCUAUGUAAGGUGAUGAUGUGGCGCAGCUGUUGAUUUUAGGUUCACCCCCUCACCCCCUCGCCCUGCCCACCUCUCCUCUCUGUCCACCUGGUAUUCACGUUGGGAGCUAGGUUGCAUGUCAGAGCUCAUUAAAGCGUGAGCCUCGUUUCCCUCUCUUAUCCACGUGAAUGCAGGCAGCCUCAUAGCUCUGCAUUGCAGUCUGAAGUGAGUCUGGACCAGGCUAUUUUUUCCUCUCAGAGCUUCACUGAGUUGCUUUGCUCAUAGACCCUCUCUCUUGGUGUAAUACGAGGACACAAAGCAGUCAUGUAUCGUGUCUUUAGCUCUGGAGAAAUGUUGCAUAUGCAGAAGGGGGGGCCUGAGGUCCUCUCUUCAUAUUUUGACAUCAGUUAACCCCACAGCCCCAGACAGAUGUGUUGUAACCCGUCUCUCAUAACACAUAGACAAAGGCACUAUCCUCUAAAGUGAAUACUAACACACUCACUGGAGAAUGGUUUUGCAGUCGUGUUGUGUUUAACAGUAGAGAACAACUUAUUGAUCUUGAAUGUCAUACUGUUUUGACUUGUACUUCCUGUCACAUGGUCACUGUGGGAAACUCUUCCCCUCUCAGCCUCAGUAUUUGACAGUGAAGUUGAGCUCAGGCAUUGUAGUGGGUCUUUCCUUUGAGAUAAUGAUUAAUAGAUUGUUUUUGUUUUAAAACAUCGGCUUUAAUUAAUUGUUAGAGCAGAAAACCUGCAUUUUUGAUAUGAGGAGAAAAGAAAAUACCAUCUCAGCGAUGUCUUUUAAGCCUAUUUUUACUUAUUUUGCUCUAAACUGCUUAUAUCUAAAAUGUCUUCAAGUUAAUGAAUAUUAUAACUAUUAUUGUAAUUAUUAUUUUAAUAUAUAAUAUAACUAUGUUGGAAAAUAUUAAGAUCUCUGUUUUUCAGUGGCUAGUAAUAGUGCUGUCAUGGUAGGAUACAGGGCACCUCGAUAUGGCGAAAACACAGAUCUUAACAAUUUUUCGAUAUUGAUCGAUAUUUGUCUCUACUGCUGCAUUUAUUUAUUUAUUUUUUUGUGCUGGUAGUUUGAAGAGCAGACAAAGAUAUAGUUGAUAGUUGAUAUAGUUGGGAUAAGAUUUUGAUAAGAUGUUAUUGAUAACAGUGGCAUUGUUGAUUCCUGUUUCUUUUCUGUGUGGAAGAUUGUCAGCUUUAACCAGCUUUCUAUGUCAAAAACCAGGGCUUGACACUAACUUUUCUCACAAGGAGCACAUGUGCUCCUAAAUUGAAAAAGUAAGGAGCACACAAAGAACUAAAGGGGCACAAUGAAAAUUGAUCAAAUAAUGUUUGUCUUAUUGGCCGACAUAAGUACUGUUAUAUGAAAUCAAUUUUAGGUCUUUUGCUCACAUGACAUUGAAGCUAUUGAAGAAAAUGUUCAAAAUUUGUCUUUUAACACAAAACAAUUGGUCACAUGACAUGGAAGCGAUUAGAGGAAAAACAGCCUUUUCGGAAAACAUCAACCGGUAAUUUAUUGAUGGUCCCUUAAUCAACACUUGACAUUGACAGCGAGGGUGCUGAGUAGAUGUAACCGUGCUGCUGUUGCUAUUCCUGAUUAUGGGGAGUGAGAAGACACCGGUAGAUCCGCAGUGAAUGUCAGUCGAAAAUGCGACCUACAACUAACUUCACCGCGGUAUUUACAUGAGAAAACAUUUGUUGCCUUGGCUAAUUUUUUUUAUGCACACAUGUGCCCAUAAAUCCAUUUUAUAAUUCGCACGCAUCUAUUUUUAGUUGCAAAUGUGAGUGAAACAUUGUUGAAUAAAUCAAGAGUCGAUUUACAUUGAUUGAAAAAACUAAUAUCUAACAAGUACUGAACAUGGUGGUCAGUCACUUGCAAUGAUAGCUGAGCGUCCAAAACUGUCCAAAAUGUGGCUACAUGUUACCAAAGCUAAAGACAAAAAAGAAGAGAAAUGCAAUUGAUGAUACAAAUUAGUGUAUUGCAAAAGGUGAACAGAACCUCAAUGGCCAAACACACCAGCACCGUACUUCAAAUGAAGCCAAAAUGCAGAACUUUUGACUGUCUGCAGUUUUAAGCAACUCUGUCAACUCUCGCUGCUUCUGCUGCUGAUGCUACAGCUACAAGACUGCCAUCAACAAUGGCAACUAGGGCUGAAACGAUUACUCGAGUAACUCGAGUAACUCGAUUAAUAAAAUUCCUCGAGGCAAAUUAUAUGCCUCGAGGAAUCGUUUAAAUCCGGAACCAUGUGCAGCGCACGGUGUUUGACACGGACGGUUAUUUCUGUUGCGCAGAAGCGUGCUCUUUCCGCUCCUUCCGCUGCCGCGCGUUUGGUUCAAUCACGGAGGGAAACGAGGACAGACAGAAGCUGUGUCCGAAAUGGCAUACUGCCUGCUAUCUACUUACCUACUCAAGCAGUAGCUACUGCCUACUGACUACUCAAAGAUGAUUUGAGUAUGCCGCGGCUGCCCGAGCGUUUACACACAUACAUACUAAAUACCCCAGAAUGCAUUUCGUGCCGGCCGGACGCAGCGCCGGGAAAAUUUAAAUAGUCCUACCACAAGCUACAUAGAACGACUGCAUACCGGACAAAUUAUAUAAAUUCAUUCAAUAAUAAUAUUUUUUCUAGCGAGAAAGUAAGUGUUUACAUCACGAUUAUGAGCCCAGUUGUUUGAAAUAGUGGCUGUUUGUAAAUUUGUCUCGGCGUUUUCGGAGACCGAAGCGUCCACUUGGUCGGUGUUUGCGUCUAUUUACCGUAAACACCGGGCAGCAGCAGCUCCCCCUUCACGUUUCCAAAUUAUUGCGAAGUGUUUUCAUAAUCAACAUCUACACGACACAAACCGGGCGGCAGUGGAUGAAAAAAAUCACACAAACAUCCGUGUAUCCAUGGUGAUAAUGCUAUACACCACCUGCUAGGCGUGUGAUGAGCAGCAGAGGGCUGCAAAAUGACCAACACACAACAACAUGUAAAUAAAAAUGUAACACUUUUAUAUAUUGAAUAAAUGUACAUUUGCUUGUCAAAUUAUGUUAGUAUCCAAGAAUUAUAUUAUUUCAGCCUAUUAAUUAAACAAGUAAAAUUAGAUCCAAAGCCUGGAAAUAGUUGUGACUGGUUUAGUGAAAACUGCAAAGAUCAUUACCAUAGCAAUUAAAAGACCAUCUGCAGACCUUGCCUUCAGUAGUUUCAUGUGAACUACAUGGUAAAAUGUAAAACUUUUGGUUCCUGAUUUAUGCAGUAAAAAUAUUCAUUUGAAAGACCUGGCCUAUUUCAGUUUUGUGUGUUACUGAUGGUUUUUAAUGAGGCAAACGUGAUUCAAUGCAAAGUAUUACAGUGAGAGCAAAACAUUUCUUAUCCGAUUACUCGAUUAAUCGACAGAUUAAUCGAUAGAGUACUCGAUUACUAAAAUAAUCGAUAGCUGCAGCCCUAAUGGCAACAUUGAAUUUAAUGUUUCGAAAUCCACGUUGACAUCAGCAGAACAAAAGCUACUUAGCAAAUGAACUGAGGUGGUUUACGAUGACAUUGUGAGGUGUUCAAGAUCGGGUCAGUAAAACAAGAAUUAAGCGAAAGUCCAUCUCUUCAUCAGCUUCUAUCACUGUUGUUUGGCUUCAUCCCAUUGUCGUCUUCUGCUGUGAUUUGAGGGAGUCAAAUUGGCAGGGAAGUCUGUUAAAAGUGCUGCGUUCGUUUUUCAAUUAAAACAUCAGUGUCGAUGCUGGCUAAUUGAUGACUGCAUCUUACUUGUCAGGAUGAUGAUAUACUAUACCAUCUAUUUGUGUUUUACCCGACCCAAGUACAGAAGUGUUCUCAUGGUUGCCAAACUAUCCACAGAUGUCUCCUCUGCUCAUAAACAGACAGACCUUACACAGUAUGUGAUGAUCCGGGGAUGAGCUUCAGGGGCUGUGAACUGAGGUACUGCUAGCUUUAGCUUAAGCUUGUUUCUCUGGUCAGUCCACAGUUUUCAGUUGGACUUACAGACAUUGCUUAUAUUGCUUAUUACUUGAAAUGAUACUGAUUUCAGAUCUGUCCGUUUAAUCUAAACUUGUCAAGAUCUCUCACUGUUGUUGACCUCUGUUUUGUCACAGUCACUCCAAACUUUUAUUUUUUCAUACAGCCUUCGUGGGACAUCAUUGACUGCAUAAUACUGUCAGGAUUUAACUGGAUUAACACAGCAUUUAAGCCAAUGUGUGUUAGAAGAUAUAGCAAGAGAACAGUUUAUUUUUGCCUCACACCUACCCUGAUGCAGCGGUUUUGGACAUCAGUAAUAACUGUGACAGUCUGUCUUGUCACUGAUAGUCUGCUGUAAUGUCAGUCUUUCAAGCCUUGUGUGUUUUGCACUUGUGGUAAUUCAACUAAUUGAAGUUUGAUCACAGAAACUUAAUUGUAUUUUUGAUUUAAAUCAGUUUUGACAAUGUAUUAAGUUUCUGGACAGGCAAUUUCUGGGAUCUGCUUGUGUUGGAUAACAUUUGUCAGAUUAUAAAAGGUCUUAAAUUCCUAGAAAUGUCCUUAAAACUUGAAGUUUUUAACAUUGUGAAAGUUGGCACCAGGUUUGAAUGAUUUUAAAUAAGAUCAACCUUUUUGCAGGACUGUAUCAUUUUGUCUUUGAACCUUUCUUGCCAAAUGGUGUCUGUGUUGAAGUGCCCAGUAGAGUGAAGUCAAAUGGCCAAUGGCUAAUAGUUGAUCAGCUUCCUGCUGUUAGUGUCAGAGUGAUGUACAUGAAUGUUCCAGAUGUCUUAAAAAACACAUGACUAUUUGGGGUCUUAAAGUUAUAAAACCGAUCAUCUCUUGUGAAAUAAAAUGACCUAAUACUUUUAUAUGUGCUUCUGUAGACAGCUGAGACACUUGAUCUGUAGUUACAUGUUGUGUGGAAUCAUCUCCAGACAUGGAGAUGUGUCCCAGUUAGUGAACAUGUGAUAUUUCAUUGAGCUGUGUCGGGGAGGUCGGGGUCACCUGUCGGACAGCACAGCAGCACUGAAACUGAUCGGAGUCGGGAAUGAAGCUUCAAUCAGGACAGUUAUAACGAAAGAUGAUCUUUCAUCUAUCUAUAAUCUCUAAACCCAGAUUGUGACUCUUUUGGAGUAAACAGAGAUAUUAAGAGCCGGUCCAGCAUGGAAAUUUUGAGGCUGAUUAUGAAGCGGAAAAUGGACCAACCCCUGUUAUGGUAGCCAGUAUGGUUAUUUUUGAGCAAGAAUUAAAUUGUCGUUGCAGUCUUAUAAUGUAAAUGCACAGUUUAUAUAUAAUUUAAAUGAUACAUUACUACUUAGUCCUUGUGCAAACCACUGUCUGUGACACAUGCUGCAGACAGUCCCGCAAGACCAGCUCAAGAUGGUCCCUGAAUGAUUUGAUGAUACUGGCCCACUUGAAAAUUAUCUCUAAUAUUUUACUACACUGUAAUGAUGUGUUGUAAAAUCUUAAACCAUUGACAUAUUUUUGAACCUAAGUGUGAGGGUAGUAGAAAUGUAAAAAAAAUGGCUCCACAGCAUCAGUUGCCAAGCUGCUUUGGCAACCACUUUUAGAGGCUGGCAGUUAUCAAGCAAUUAUUGGCCUUUGAUUGCCACCAAAUGAACUUAACUGAAUUUAAGAUUAACAGUCAACCUGGGGUUGGCUAGAGCAAUUUCUAUUCCAUCUUUGAGAAGAGUUUCCUACUGAAGCUCCUGUUCAACUGGUAUCAUAAUUAUACAACAUGUUUUUUUAACUCUCAGUGUUUAAGUGUUUACUCCACACAGACAGUAUGAAGCCAUGGCAAACUGUCUAAACCGCCACUGACCAAAGCGCCUUUCCUUCUUAAAGGACUUUUCUCUCCUCCAUAGGUUUAAAGUUGCUUUGCUGCUGUGUUACAUUUCUUUACUUUGUGCCGUCAGACUAUCACACGCUGGAUUCAAGUCCCUACCUACUCAGCGUUUCAUUAAGCAACUUGCCACUAACUUAAUAUCACUUAGCUAUUAUGCAUUACCUUUACCUGAGUGUGUAUUGCUUUGGGCUGAUCCUGCAGAUGCUGCAUUAAGCUUGAUAUUUGACUUGUUAGCUGUAACGUCUUUUUUCUUUUAAGCAAGUUUUGCAGAUCAGUGUUUGUCAUCUGGAAGAAUUUCACUUGUUUCUUUGGUGGAUACAGAUCUUUGCUAUUCGAUCCCUCUGCCGUAGUUGACUGAGGUAGUGCAGUCUCGGUGUCUCUUAAUAAGCAUGGUACUUAAAGCUGGUGCACUAUAGGUGUCACUUUCUGAGCAGGUUGUGCCAAACAUAAUGUACCAGUCCUCUUAUAAGAGUACAACUGGAAACACUUCAUGUAGCUGCGAUUUUACUAGGGGUGGGUAUUGCCAAGGACCUCACGAUACGAUACGCAUCACGAUACUUGAGUCACGAUACGAUAUGAUAUUGCGAUAUCCAAAUGUUUGCGAUAUAUUGCGAUAUAUUGCGAUAUUCUACAUAGUUCACUGAAAAAUGUAAAAGGCAUUAUGCAUCUUAAAAUCCCAGUUGUAUGUACAUCAGAUGAUAGUGAUAAUUCAUGGGACAAACAGUCAAAACAAUGUAAUUCAAAUUAUCGAUGCCAUUUUAUUGUAAGUGCAAGUUACAACAUAUUUGCGUGAACAACACACUGUCUGAAACACAUUGAAAAGUGCAGUGUGCAUUAUUCUUAGUCUCCCUGAGCACAAUUAUGACACAAACUGCAGUGUGGGUCAGUGUCCACAUACUGAAACUGAAUUGAAACCUCAGUGGAUUAUGUUUCUUCUGAACUUAGAGUAAAUACUCAAAAUAAAAUGCAGUGUCUCACACACACUGAAAUUGAAAAUGCAAAAUAAUGUAGGACUCGGUGGCUCGUGAUGUCCAACCGUCACAGGACAGUGCGACUCUCGGAGCAGAGCUAAGAACUGUUUUUAUUGUCUCCUUCACCUCGUCAUACAUUUUUGGCACAGCUACGUUAGCCAUGUACUUACGCUGCGGCAUCACAUAGUGCGGCUCCAAAGUAUGAAGCAUCCACCGAAAGCCGACGUUUUCCACAACGUUGUAUGGGCGCAAAUCUUUACAAAGAAAAUGCACCAUCGCCUCUGUGAUCCCCCGGGCUCGGGUUGAAGUAGAUGGGAGGACUUUGGCGAUGUCCAGUGUAGUUUGCUUUGGAUCGGAAGGUUUCGGUGGCUCCGGCUGAGCUAAUAUGUCGGGGUGGUGUCUUGCUAAAUGAGUUCUCAAGUUUGUUGUGUUACCCGAAUAUCUAAUGGGAGCGACACAGAGUUUGCAAAGCGCGUACUCUUUGUCCAGCUCAUUGUGUGUUUCUCCUUUCCUUUGGAAUCCAAAGUAUCUCCAAACAUCUGCCUUAAAGUUCGAGGGCGUUUCUAGUUUAACGUUACCAGCCAUGCUUGAUUGUUUUUUUCCCGGCUCCUCUUCCUCACUGCAACCGGCGGGGGAAAAAAGAGAAGAAGAAGUGAGGUAGCGGUACAGCGACACCUAGCAGAGCGGAGGUGCGGAAGUCGUACUGGAUUUGUUAACCCGUCUGAAACCUGAUUUAUUAUUUGAACAAAAAAUCGAUAUUAAUAUUUUGAAUAUCGAUAUUGAAUCGGAAGUCAAAGUAUCGCGAUAUAUUGCCAUAUCGAUAUUUUUGCCCACCCCUAGAUUUUACUGUAAAAUACAUGUGCCUUUUUUGUAAUCUAAAGGUUAGCUCUAUUCUUCAUCUGUCUGUAUCAAAAUGGUGUGAAAGUCUUGGCACGGUCAUGAAAUCCAUCGACCAUUUUAACAAAGUCAAAUUUGUACAUUUGAAAACGUCUGUUUUUCGUCUGAUCGAUUUGAGAUGUGUUUUGUGCAAAGGCAUAUCAAGACUGUGAUAAAAGUGUGAUUUAUUGUGCAGCCCUAGAUCCAAUUUACACAUCUGAGGCCAAAAUGGCUGCCAUGGUGAUGUCAAGGAUAUGACCUGGCUGCCUCUGUAGUGCAGACGACACUCAGUUAGAGGUCUCAAGGCUGCGUUCAGGUGCUUCCAGGCUCUUCCUGUUCACGGUGGCGACUAUUAUGAUGUAGAGCAUCAAGCUGCGAAGAUCAUUGUCUGCUGCACAGGCGAACGUCUGUGAGCUCGAGUGUGUGUGUGUGUUGGUGUGUGUUUCUGUGCUGCAGCUGACAGCAGUGAUGUGGUGUGUGGCUCACGGUCUCCCUCACUGCUGUGUAACAUGAAAAGGAGAUUUUGACAGAAACAGAUCAACCCUUGUGAGUGCAGAGAUCCCCCAAAAGUGCUUUGAAUAUUUUUUUGAUGCUGAGUGUGGUAUCAAAUCAGCCUACAACCCAAUUGAUUGUAUUUUCUUCUUCGUUGGUUAAUCUUAGAGAUCCUUCAGUGUUUUGAAUCGGCCGUCAUCAAUUCCUCAUCGCACAGUUUGAAUCUUUAAUCCAUGUUAAUAUCGUGUUGGCAAACUCAUCAGCACCCAGAUGUAGAACACAGACAACAAGUCCAUGUGGUGGUGGUGGUGGUGGUGGCGGGCCUUACUGUCACCAUGGCAACCAAGGUGUAGCUUCACUAGUUGCUGGGGGCAACAAGAGAGAGAAGCGGUGCAGAGUGGCACACAGAGGUAGGGGAGAGGAGACGUGAAAGGCGGCAGGUGAGAAGAGGAGGCUAAUGCCAGGCGAUGAACAUGAAAAGAGGAAGAGGAGGAUGAGAGGAAGAGACGUGACAGGGACUAACGAGAGCGAGGAGAGGGAGGAGCAAAGUUGCUCUCUUCGUUGCCGUGCAGGCUCGUUGCAGCUCUUGAGAUUCUGCGUUCAUACACUAAGGAGACAUCUUCUCUACUCUAUGAAGACUGAGCCGCCAACUUUCAUGCCCACAUUUUCAGAGGGAGAUGCAGUCAGUCAGACUGGAGCUCCAAGCCCUCCAUCAUCAUCCCUCAACCAUAUUGAAAGAAUACUAAUCUGAAGAUAUUGGCUCUAAUAUUAUUCUGAUGAGAGACAGUUGAAAGGUUUGUGAACUGACUCUGGAACAGUCUGAAGCACUUAAAAGCUGGGCAGUAUCAACUGUGUCCUAGACAGUCAUUAUGUUGUUGUUUUCAGCAUCUUUUCAGAGUCUGUUUGUGAGGCAGGAAGGUUUAGGACAGACAGGAAACGAGGGAGCAAAGUAGGGGAAAGGCACGCUCAAAAUGGUCAUGGUCACAAUUUGAUUAAAAAAAAAUACUAAUAAGAAUAUGUACAGUACUGUCAAAGUCAUUGGUUAUGUCAGUUUCUACACACUAGAUGGUUUUAGGCCUAGUGUGUGGCCUUCCCAGCCUUGGAUCCUGAAUAUCAAACUUGUCUGAUAUUUAGGAUUUCAGGUCUCCAGAAACAAAUGACAGGAGCAGACUGGGAACCGGAUGUUGCAUAAUUUCACAGCUCACAAACACAGCAGCAGGCGUAAACAUAUCUGCGCCCUUUGUGCUUGUUGAUUCGCUAUCACAAAUGUGUGUCUUCUUCUGUUGCUUUGUCAUGGAGUUAUGGAGUUCAAUGUUUUCAGUGCUCCGCUUCCUUCUCAAAAAAAAUUCUCCCAGGGUUAGUUGAUUUUAGCUGCUGCGUUUUCAGUACUCCCAUUUAAUAAAUGUAUUUGGAAGUUCACAGCGCUCAGCAGUGAUCGCCUACCAAUUAAAACCGAGGAGGGGCGGGGCUUCUCAUAGCAUCUUUGCCAUCAACAAUGGCAGAGGUCACAGUGUUACAGCGUUAUGGAAGCACAGAGUAUAAACUUCAAAAACAGUGCAGUUCAGUUAUUAUGACUGGCGUUUUGCCUCUUUUACUGCCUCAGAUACCAGUUCAGGGUGGAACUGCCCACCAUUCAUUCUCUGCAUGUACGAAACAGUCCUGUCUUGAACAGUCAACAUACAGAGGGCUACUGUUCCUGCUUCUGUUGUUGUUCUUUGCAACUCAGUGAUCGAAAAAUCUUCUGAGCUUCAUUGUUAUGUGCAGAUGAAAAGGACAAGGCUUCAGAUGUCCUGCUGGCUCUGCUCUUCCUAGAGUUCCUGACUUCACCCAGGUGUGUCUUCCCAGGUUGGACAGAAAAUGGGCAUCUUUGUGAAACUUUUCUGCCAGAGUUUCAACUGGAUGUUAGUGGACUGCUGUUAGUUUUUUUUGACACCUUUAAAAUGGAAUAUUUGAAUCGGACAGUUUUGAUCUUUUUGAGGAAUUGUUCUUCUAAAAAUUUCAGAUUUUUGCUUCUCAUUGUGAAAGUAAAUUGGUGGUCUUUAGGCUGUUUGUGAGACACUGAGUGUUUUCCAACAUUUUCUGAUCAUUUUGGAACAAAACUUGAUAAAUGUGGGAAAUUGGCGACAAAUACGCAUCAUGAUUCUGAGUUAAAGCAGACCACUGGUUUAAACCUCACUGUACUUGAACACGAAGGGCUUACAUAAGUAACCAGGUGUUAUCAAACCAGUUCACCUGGAUGAAUAGGUCUGGGUUCGCUGGGUCUUCAGGUACGGAUGUAUGGAGAAGUGCUUCUGGGAGCGAUUGGAAAGACCCACAACAAGUCGAAGCAAUGCAGCUGUUGCACAGAGCAGCACAAAAUGUAAACAAACAAUGAGAGGAGAGCGAGAAUGAUCAAGCACCAGGAUGUCUGUGAAUGACAGUUUCUGAUUUUGUGACAGAAAAUUGCAAAUAAAUGGUGUUAUAUUAUAUUGAUAAAACAACAAGUGCAAAGAGUGAACUGUGGACUGAAACUGACCAAAAAGUCAACACUGAUUUGUAAAACAUGUAAUACAAUACUUUCAUAGCUUGAACAAGAUUCACUGGAGGUUAGAUGAUGGAGAGGGGAAGAGAAAAACCUUGCUUUAAAGGAAGAAGCUGUCAGAUACAACAUCUGAUUGAUGGACUCAGGAGCAAAGUCGUUCAGAGACACUAAGGGCUCUGAAAAAGUCAGACCUUGGUACACCAACUCCAAGUCUGACAGAGGUACGCCUGCUGUUAGGUGGUUUUCAACAGUGAAAGUCCGGGCCAGAGUACCAGAAGUUGGCAGGAAAUUUAGAAAAAAAAAAUUUGUGAUUAAACCCUCCUGCCAGCGAAAAUGAAUAUUAGCGGAGUAAUGUGUCUGGGAAUGCCAGGUUACAUAUUCAGGGAAGGAUCAGUUGAAGGGGAUGUUUUAAAGAUCUGUUUUCCCCCAAAAUCUAAAUACUCCUUAAAAAAAACCCCAAAUGGUUCAGCCAAUGGUCUCAUUUCUACUUAACAGGUGGUGGUUAACAAUGGCAGUGAGUCAUCACACUGUGUGAAGGGUGGGGGCUUGUGGGACACCUGCUCCACCUCAACAUCUGUCGGCUCUAAUGAAACCAAUCACUGCUGCCAGCUCUCACCUGAUUGUCAUCUUUUCUUUGUGUUCCCAGGUGGUUGCCUUAGCGAUGGACGGGGAGUCAGAACCAAACCCUGCCGUAGCAGAAGAGGCAGAGGAGCAGGUGGAGCCCAUGGACGCCACUCCCUCCCCCGAGCAAGAGAGCACGCCUCCCUCAGAGGAGGCAGGGGAGGUGGUUUCCACAGUAACAGAAGAUGGUGCAACAAAGGAGGGUGGCAUAGAGGACAAUGAUGAUGAUGUUGUUUUAGUAGGGGAGGAAGCCCCCCAGCCUUCUGUCACAAACCCAUCCAACAACACGCCAAGCAGGGACUGCCCAGAGCAGGACAUGUCCACUGCAACGCCUUCCAAGACCCCCUGUUCACCCGUGUCUUCCAGCACAUCCACAUCAGCAGCUCCCAAACCUCCAACCACAGCAGCAGAGCCCAUCGUCAUCGACGACGAGGAGGACUCUGAGCAGAAGGACGCUUCCUCCACCUCACCAGCGCACCCCGGAGGCUCCUCGGCCGCACACUCGCCGGGUGCACUCAGCAGCACCGAGCCGGAUUCAGAGAUCAGGAUCGCCAGUGUCACCACCCUGGGUGUCAGUAGCCAGAAAGAAAGCUCUGCGAUCUUUUCAGUAAACACUCCACCACAUUCAGAAGAUGACCACGCAGACAUGAACCUGAUGAUAACCUCGGUGACAUCACUGCAGGGCGGAGACACGGCUAUCACAAUAGUGAGUAUCACAUGUAGUGUUUUUUGUACAAAGUAAUGUAAAUAUUUAAAUAAAAGUUGGCCUACUUAGCGCCAAACUUCACAUGUGACAAAUGAAUGCAGGUCUGAAGCAGAGGGGGAAAUGAAUUCAGUCUACAUUUGUUGGUGACCUUGGUUGCUGAGAGGAAAUGGUUACGUCUGAAUGUUUUGUCUCUGAAACAAAAGUGAAAAAAGUGAUUCGUAAUUGAUCUGUUGUUUGGUAGCGUUCUUUUGAAUACAGGGAAACAUUUUCCUGGUUAAAGUCCACAAUUCUUGGGGCGCCUCAGUUCUUGCGGUCUGGGUGCGCCCUGUACAUUCACAGGCCCCAGAUUUGAUUCCAGCUCCUUUCCCUGAUGUCUCUCCCCAUUUCCUGCUCCACUCUCUGUCCUGUCCUGUCAAAUAAAGGCCAACACUCUCCCUGAAACUCACAUUUUCCUCAGUGUUGCUUGACCCAAGUGUUGUUUAUCAAGUGAACAAAAGUCUGUCUUCUAUAGAUCCUUGUCUCAUAGCAGGAGGAGUUCUUGGAUUAAAGCAAUAAAACCUGUUAAUUAAAGUUUUACAGUGCUCAGAUCCAGCUCACUGUCCAGCAUAUGAAACCAUCUCAUCUUAUUUUGUAAUGUUUUUGUCACUAGGCAGGGGAAAGCCAAGCAGAAGAAAAUGGUCUUCAGAUCAGCAGUGCGUUCAGCCUGAAUCCUGACACCCCACCUGGUAGACUGACAGCUUCCUUCAAUCCCGGGCGGGGCUCGGGUCCCGUGGGCCAGCUGGUACAGAAUGGAGACACGGGGACACACAACAGAGCAGGUGAUGAAUUUAUUAUUAGGAAGAAAAUAUCUAACUUGGCAUGUCCAGGCACAAAAAUUAGAGGCUGGUUUAAUGAAUCUUCAGUGAUUUCAAAUUGACCAUCUAUUCUUAUCAAGUGAGUUUAGUCCACAUCUUGAGAGAGGUGGUAAGUGUCCAAAAUGAAUUCAAUUAGGUUAAGGACUGCUUAGUCGAUCACAUGUAAGUCAAGAUCAGCUGAUUUACAGAACUCAUCAAAACUCAAUGAAACCAGCUUAACUUUUGUUGCAAACAAUCCAAAGUCAUACACCAAAGCACAUGAUUGGCUGAUCAAAUCGGUACAAGCUGACUUUGGAUUGGGUCGGUGGAUUACUCUGUGAUUUGAAAGGCUGCGUUUUCAAUACUGCUAAGCCUUCAAUUUCUGAAAUAUUCACACCAGUUGGCUUUUUUUGACAGUGUCACAAUCUGUAUGUAUUCUCUGUAAUAUGUAAACUGAACCGUUAACCUGAAACGGCUCAUGUGACAUUGUCUUUUAAAAAUGACGCUUAAUGAAAACAAAUACGAAGCACACAAAGCAUUUUAUAACUGUAAUAUGAGAAGCAAGAGUGGCUUAAACGCCAGUGAGAAGAGCCCUACCGUUUCGGUCAUGGGUGCUGUCUGUGCAAAAAACAGCAUAAGUGGACAAAACCCCAAAGAGGUAAUAAAGAUCAGCUUUACUUUAUCUAAUGGCUUAUGCAUUCAUCUUUAUGUUUCAUCCCACUUAUUGAUAGAUAACAGUAGUUAAAUUCUGUCAAGAAGGAUGUAGUCUCCUAUACCUGACAUCAUUGUCCUUUAAGGUCAUGUCCUUCUCUUCUGGGAAGACUUAAAACAAGAUUUAAAAUCCUGCUUUCAGGCAUUUUGCUCCCUUUCAGCCUCAGUGGCCAAGGAUGCUGGGUAAUUAGGCCUGGUUUAUAGUCGGGGUUGCAGUGCUGUGAAAAGGAAAAAAUGAGGUCAAGUCCUGAGUCUUGCCCUGACAAAUUGAGGCCUCAGGAUGAAGUAAAAGAGGCACGUAGGAUAAACACAUGUGUCAAUUUUGUGCCUUCUUUUCCCGUGCUUCAGACUCAUGGAUCUCCCAGUCUGCGUCAGUCCCCCGAAACCAGAAGCAGACAGGGGUGGACUCUCCAUCACCGGCCACAUCCCUGCCCAAACCUCCAGGCCAGUCUUCCUCAUCUACUUCCUCCUCAGGCACCCAGCCACAGCCCAGGACAGUCAAGGUCUGCUCACGUGUAGUCCUUAUGUACUUAAACAAAAGAGUCUUGCAAAGAAAAUAAAUGUGAUCUCUCUGGAAUGUUCUUGGUUUUGCCUCAAAUAACACUAAAAUAUCCUUUGAAUUUGGAAAACACCAACCAUAACUCUGUCAAAUUUGCUCUAUUCAGCUAACUUGAUGGUGCUGUUGAUCACUUAUAUGACAGUCACCAAUAUGUCUACAGUUUCUUUUAAACCCAGGCUGAAAAAGCUGCAUGUAUCAGAGUUCAUCUGUAUGCGUUUCACUGAGGGAUGAGUGUUCAAUUUGCAGCUAACGGAGUCUGACUUGAUGCUGUCGUAAAACUUCCUGGCAGUUGAUUAAUACCGUGUUUGUCUUUCCCAGGUGACCUGUGCUAACUGUAAAAAGCCUCUGAAGAAAGGACAAACAGCUUACCAGCGCAAAGGCUCCACACACCUGUUCUGCUCCACCACCUGUCUGUCUGCCUUCUCACACAAACCCGCCCCCAAGAAGAGCUGCACCAUGUGCAAAAAGUAAGAGUCCCCCGAGAGAUUGCUUAAACCAGUCCUGUUCCCAUAGAGAUCGUUUGUGGUUUGAUUUUUGCAUCGUUUGUUAAAAUAGCCAGGGUUUAAAAUAAUCACCCAAGCCUGUAAAGAUGUUACGUAACCCAGAUGCUUUCUUGUCUUCUAGGGACAUCACGAACAUAAAGGGUACCAUAGUGGCCCAGGUUGACUCCAGUGAGUCUUUUCAGGAGUUCUGCAGCACAGGAUGUCUAGGAGCGUACGAAAACAAGCAAAACCCUCCAAAAUCAGGCCUCAAAACCAAAUGCACUGUCUGCGGCAAGCUCACCGAGGUCAGUCUGCCUUACACUGCCAGUCAUAACCACAAUCACACACAUGCUCAUAAACUCCUGAUAAUUGAAUCAAUGAUUUCUUGUAAUGUAACACAAUGACUCUCAUUCUCCUAAGCUUCAGUUACUCUUCAUUAUUUACAUCCUCUGCUGGGCUGUUUGUCAACCCUUGUUGCUAUAAUGUACAUUUUUCACUCCUUCUUUUCACAUCCUCUACAUCCACAAAUGAUUAUUCUCCUGUCAGCAUUUAUCCGCCUCUGUUUGGCUCCUUGUUUUAUUGUUUUAUUGUUGCUCCUUGUUGUAUUGUCCCCACUCAGAUCAUUCUUUCAAUCUCAUUCAAUAUUUAUCUCUUGUCUUCAUCCUUGUGUGACGUUGCUGCUCUCUUGUUUCUUCCCUCUUUUGCUCCAUCCCUCCAUUUCAGCAUGUUCUUAGCCACCAGAAGCAAAAAUACUUACUCAAAACUUCUGUUUCCCCCAUGUCACACUGAACUAUUAUAAAGUUAGUCAGGUUGUCGUGUUGUUAUAUGUUGAAUGAAAUAUUCUCUGGGAUAAAGGUGAGCUGUACAUGAAUUUUCUCAGUAUUUUCUGGCACUCGCGGUUAAUUUGAAGCUGUGGGAUUGUUCUGUGACCAGUUUGAAGGAGAGAUUUGCAGCAACCUAAAAAAAACUUGAGACAUGGUUUGACUUUACAAUUUCAGAUGGUUUUUACCAAACCAAAGCACCUCUAAAAUGAAGCCAAAACAUGCAUCAUUAUUGCUCAUUUGCACACAUUGCACUUUUGAUUACUUGGUAGUAGUUUUUCUCCAUUUUUGGUAUGAGCUCUGGACUGAAUUUUAGGUGGUUUUGUGUAUGUGUUUUGGAUAUUGUGUUAUGUUUUUAAUUGUUCUAUGUUUUUUAAAUUUAUGUUGUCAUUGCGUACUUGUCUUUUGUGAGCCCUGCUGCAAAACUAAUUUCUCUUUACGGGACAAGAAAGAGAUUCUGAUUCUGAUUCUGAUUCAACAUGACUUAAACCAUUUUAAAAUCUUUGCAUGCUGUUUAAAAGAAAUGUUAAUGUACUUGAGCUUUAAGUGUCUUCUGGUUUCAUUCCUUUGCCUCCAGAUCCGGCAUGAGGUCAGUUUUAAAACAGUGACCCAUAAGAUCUGCAGUGACGCAUGUUUCAACGUUUAUCGUCGAGCCAAUGGGUUGAUCAUGAACUGCUGCGAACAGUGUGGAGACUACCUACCCAGCCGAGCGUCGGCCAACCACUUCCUGCUGGUCGACGGUCAGCAGAAACGUUUCUGCUGCCACAACUGCAUCAGGGAGUUCAAGCAGGUACCAAGCUGUUAAAGAAAUAUUUGUUUAAUCUGUGUUUCAUUUCAUUCAUCAGUCCAUGUCCUAUCUGUCAAUACAGUUGAGUUAAGUUUCAUGAACUACACUACGCUGAUCAGUAGGGUAAUGACAAUGAGCCAGGUACACUUACCUGCAGAUAACUGGUGUACAGUCUGCAGUCAGAGUGUUGUGUUGGCACGCAUCUUUCUCUCUAUAAACCCUGUUUUCUUUUCACCCAGUUGCUUACUUCUAAAUUGUGUCGCUAUUCAAUACUUGCCAGAUAUUAGACAGCAGAAUUGUAUUAGUUGCUUGGUAACAGCAGCUCAAUGAACAUACUGGUAAUAAGUGGGAAAGACGACUGUGUCCGUCUCAGUGUUGUAAAAUUUGAAAGGGAAGGCAGACUGUUCAGGGAAGCUACCUCUUAUUCUAUAAACACGGUGUCCAGUAAUGAGCUUCCUAUUUCAAACAAACAUGGAUGGCUGAUCAAUGGCUGGGGGACUAAUAGUUUCUUUAUCCAGUGGGGGUUUAAAAUCAUCUAUACCGAAACUUUUCUUCACACCAUAAGUGCUUGUAACUGUGAUUGUAAAGCACUACAGGCAUAUUAAGAUGCAUUAAAUGUAUGUCUGUCUUGUGUCAUACUAUGUUACAGAGAGAGGCUUCAUAGAAAGUGUAACUAAAAGUCUUUUUAGUCUUUCAAACUAGCAGUUUAUCUCUGAAACCAUGUGUUAGCAGGAGAUGAUAUAAUGUGCGAUGCAUUUCAGUUUUAAAUCCGUUUUUCACGCUUAAAAUCAAUUAAAAAAUUACAUAUUUCCAUCACAAGGACAAUGCUUCAUUCUUUUCUCAGAUAAGAUAAUUCAUAUUAAGGACACAUCAUUAAUUAUGCUAUGCUCCGCUGAAGCCUACUCAAGGCUUUGAUGAUGUGCAGGUCAGAAGGGGAACCAUUAUAUUAGUCAGGAAAUGUUUUCAACUUCAGGAAUUACAGUAUUGCGUCAUUACCAUGAAGUUUUUUCUUCUCUGACUGUCUUACAUACUUGGCAUAUCUAUUGAAGGCAGAAAACACUUCAUUCCCAGGAAGGGUAAUGCAAAUAGAAAAAUCUGGACUUAAAUGUUUUCUUGUUUGUGGAUCUGAUCCACCAACAUUUGGUCAAAGGUGUUAAAAUCUGGUCAACAUCACUCCUUGUUAGUCAGCUGUAUCACUCUCAAACUGGACAAGUUCUAUUUUUUAAACUAUUCAGCACAUUUUCAGUACGCUGAAUGAAAGAUCAGGGCCAGAAGUGUUUUUCUUUACUAGUGAUUAUCCCCGGUCCACACGAAACACUCCACACUCUAUUCACGACGCACAUUGAAAUAGAAAGAAAUAGCUGUAAGUAUUGCAGUAUGCCUGAUAACCUUGUUUCUGUCAGCCUCUUCCAGAGGCAUUUGCUGCCUGUGUGGUAUGAGCUUUAAUUAUUCACGAAUGAACAUGGGAAACUUUCACCUUAGAUGCUCCAAAAGGCUGAGAGAUGGAAGGAGAAAAACUUUUAAAUUAAGGCCAAGCUAAUGAAAGCAAGAAAAAUGAGAAGUAUCAUGUUGCUGUCAGAAAUCAGGCUAGAAGUUUUUACAAAAAACUUGAUCUUGUUGGUGGUAAAAUCAAGAAAACAGAUGAAUCUAUGUACUGUCAUGACCAAACAGUAGAAAUUGCAUCAAAAAUAAACAAGUCUAUGAGAAAUUUAUGCUGUUUUCUCCAAAAAUACUCAUAUUAUCUUCAGGUUUGAUGGAUAAAAUCAGAUGCCGCUCAGUAUUUUGAUAAUCACAGUUAAACCUUGAGCUCCAUGUGGAUUUUCAUCACUUUGUUGUACUCUUCUUUCUCUCUGGAGCAAAAUUAGUGUCCUUCUUCCAUAAGUUGAUGGCAUGCUUAAAUAUUAUUUCAUCAUAGUGCAUCCACAUCUCAUUGCCAUUGCAGACUUCUGAGUUUAUUGCUUAAAUGUGAUGUUUCUGCUCUGUCUCAGGCUCACAGUAAACUUGCAAGCUGCACAACUUGUAAAACGCUGAUCAAGACGGGUGAGGUGCUCCACAGCAUCGGAUCGGGCGGCACCAUGGGCUCCUACUGCUCUGUCAAUUGCAUGAACAAGGGCAAGCUGACUUCGAGUUCCUUCACCAGUGAGAUAAAGUUCUAUGUUUUCACUAUAGCUAUAAAAUAAACGUUUUGGUUUUUGGAAACCCUGUAAACUUGUUUUUUCACUGAUCAUCGUAAAUAUACAUCACUAUAGUAUGUGGCUUAAUUUUCGUGACCCUUUAUUAUUGCCUGUUUGUGCAGACACAGAGCCGACGUGUCACUUUUGCAAGAGGAAUUCAUUGCCGCAAUACCAGGCCACGCUACCAGAGGGAAACGUCCUCAACUUCUGCAGCUCACAGUGUGUCACCAAGUUUCAGGUGAAGACUCGUCUGUCUUUUCAACACAGAGGACAUAAAUCAGAGUCCUUUUGCAACAAGAAAUGAAUUUUAAGAUGGAAACAGAGUUGACCCUGCAGGUGAAGAUAAAGAUAACCUUUAUUUAUCCCACAGUAGGACGGGACAUUUGCAUUAUUAACAGCAGCAAAGGAUCACCAUUACAAUAUGCAUUUCCUAAUGACUUUUGUCUUUCUGUGCUCAAUAUUUCUUAAGAGAAUCCGAUCACAAAGGUGGAUUAUUUUUAAACUCACAAAAGACAGUGAAAUAUAACAAGCUGCAGAACCAGACACCCUAGAUCAGGGGUGGGCAAUCAUGUGCCACAGAGGGCCGAGUGGCUGCAGGUUUUCUUUCCAACCCAAAACUCCACCAGGUGAUUUCACUGAUUAGUCCCUGCUCUCUGCUUGGUAAGGUAAUCAGUGAAAUCACCUGGUGGAGUUUGGGGUUGGAAAGAAAACCUGCAGCCUCACGGCCCUCCAUGGCACGAUUGCCCACCCCUGCCUUAGAUGUAUCCAUCUUUUUAAACAUAGUUCAUGCCAAUGGGAUUAACAGUUUUUCAAACAACUUUUGAUGAAGAUUUAAAGGUGUCUCUGUGUGCCGUUUUGUACAGAGUUUAUUUCUUCUGUUUCGUUGUAAAUUUAGAUCGCUGAAUUCUCAACACAUUCACGAGUCUUUUUAUAUCAUAAACAUCCUUUUCAAUGUCCAGCCAGUUAUUCAGAGUAGGAGAGUCUUCUUUGCACCAUUUCCCGGUGAUUGCUUUCUUUGAUGCUGCAAGUAAAAUCUUAACCAAGUAACAAUCUGCACAAAAGAGAUAUAGAGACAGACAGCCAACUGUUAUAAGAAUUGGUUCACAGAUUGAAAGAAAAUUUUAAGAUAUGUCUACAAAGUGCAUACAGAUGAAUAACAUAUACAUAUUAAAGUUGUGUGAUGAAUAGUUGAGAUAAUUGUAUGGGACUGAUGUCUUGUCUAAUAUUUGAUGUCCUCUGUAAUGAGGACUCGUGCGUUCAGCAGACCCUCCUGUAUCCCCAUGUCCCUGAUUACUCUAACAGGAUAAAAACCUGAUGGGAAUGAAUGUCAAGGUUGUAAAAAUAAAAUCCGCAUUAACCUUUAACGACCUAAUUAGCUUUCUAGCACCACGUUGCAUAAAUUUACACUUUAAACUGAGAGCAAAUGAUCCUGAUCAACAUGAAUCCGCUGUAGUCCACCAACCAAGAGAAAAUUAAGGGUAUGAGGAAAUUCUGUAAGUCAGUCUGUUUAUUUCUCUGCAGUUCAGUCAGUGGUCUCUUCUGUCAUAUUAAAUAUUUAUUUGAGUAUGACUAAGAAGUCUUUAGAUGGUUGUUAGCUGUUAUGAAUCAGAUAAAUUUGAAGUAAAAUUUUAAUAAUUUCUUUUUUCACAUCUUUUUUGCACAGAAUGCAACUUUUCAAACAGCCACAAAUGGACAGACGCCGCUCUCCACGACAAACAACACCGUCCAGCUGAAAUGUAACUACUGUCGAGGAGCGUUCAGCCUGAAACCUGAAAUACUGGAGUGGGAGGUGAGAUCAUUGAGAGGACUUGGAGUUGACUUUAGUUGUUUAUCAACAUCAGUUUGGUCCUGGGCUGUUUUUAAACAGAAGAUGAUAUGUUCAGGUCAAUUAAUGGCCAACUUGGAACGUUAAGUGAUAAUCUAAUACUGUCAUGUGAAUAUUUCUGUAAUAAAUGCAUCUAUAUGCGUGUGUUUCAGGACAAGGUCUUUCAGUUCUGCAGUAAGGCGUGCUGUGAAGACUACAAGAAGCUGCACUGCAUCGUGACAUUCUGCGAGUACUGUCAAGAGGAGAAGACGCUACACGAGACAGUCAAGUUCUCGGGGGUCAAGAGGCCGUUCUGCAGCGAAGGUACUAAUCUUCCAUCUUCCUCUCCUCUUGUCUAUAGGACACUUGAUUAAUCGGAGCAAUUUUCUUUAAAGGUUGGAAGUGUUCAGUGCAGCUGAUUAUAUCCAUCGGUGGCUGAUGGAGAGUGGUUUUUAAUGCCUGCUUCUUUGAAGGUCUUUCUUCAAUGGCUUGUAAACAUUAUUUCAUACUAGUUCUAUAUUCAUACUUCCCUUAUAGCUACUCAUUUGACAUGUUGAAGAAUCUCUCUGGUCAAUUUAUGUCUUCCAGGUGGGAGUUUAUCUUUCCCUUUUCUGCUUUACAUCAUGCUUUCUUUUUUCUUUUUCCUAACCUUUCUUUGCCGUGUGUUUGUUUGUGUGUUUGUUUGAUUUUUUACCAGGUUGUAAGCUGCUCUUCAAGCAGGAUUUUAUCAGGCGACUGGGCCUGAAGUGUGUCAGCUGUAACCACUGUAACCAGCUCUGUAAGAGAGGGGUGACCAAGCAGCUCGGGGGCAUGACGCGGGACUUUUGCAGCGAAACCUGUGGAAAGAAGUUCCACGACUGGUACUACAAGGUCUGAUAAUACAUUAUGUAUCUGUUAAGAAUUUUCUUUUUAGGGAGUAGUUAUACUAAGGAAUAUUUUUUCUGAAAUGGUUCCUCUUGUGGCCACUAGGCGGCGAGGUGUGACUGCUGUAAGGUGCAGGGGAACCUGACAGAGUCUGUGAUGUGGAGAUCGGAGCUGAAGCAGUUCUGUGACCAGGAUUGUCUGCUGAAGUUCUACUGCCAGCAGAACGAGCCCAUCAUGGUGACACAGAAAGGCCCUGAAAACACAACCAUAGGUACAAACUGUGUUUGUUUGUAUAUCAGAAAGUAAGGCACAUUAUUAUCUAAAAUCUUAGUUCCAUCUCAAACAUAUAUUAAUAAGUGUAAAAUACAUGUUGCGUGCCUAAAAUGAUGGGUUCAAAUCAGGAGCUCUUUGUGGGGAAAAGAUUGAAUACCUUCAAAUUUUUCUUUCACAGGGUAUGAAAUGCAAGGAGCCAAACUUGGGGUGAGUAAGAAUGUGAAAUUUGCAAAUUUCAGAUGAUGCUUCGUCUCUUUUAAGAUUCCUAGUGUGUAUAUCAUUCAUUUGAAUUUCAAAUUGUGCAGAUACUUUGUUUGAAAUUUAAACAACAGAUCAACUGUCUCUUUUAAAUACAAUUAGAGUACAUGUUUCUUUUUAAUAACCAAUUGAUUUGUGAGAGGAGAGGUUACGGUUGUUUACAUUUGUUGUGUUUUCUCUUCUCUGUGUCACAGCUGGUGAAUCAGGGUACUGUGGCGUACGCUGGAGGAGGGGUGAUGAGAGACGUCAAGAACAAAGCUGUGCUCUGCAAACCUCUUACCCUGACCAAGGCAACCUACUGCAAACCGCACAUGCAGAGCAAACUUUUACAGACAGGUACCCGCAGGAAAAUUCACUUUCCAGCACAAAACUUUUAUUUACAAGAUUCUAUCUCAAGGCCUGUUAUCUAAAUAUCACUUCUGUUAAACACUUUUAUUAUCAAUCAGAAGACACCUGAGUUGAGACAACUUCUGAAUUUAAUUAAAAGCAAAAAGAUAGUGUUUGCAACAAGAUUACACAAGUUUAGCUAACCUGGCUGACAGUGCCAAGCUGAUAAACAUGCAGAAUAAAAUGUUUCUUCUUCUACUGACCAAAAUGUAGAGUUUUGUUUUGUUCUGGUUUCUGCAAAUUGAAGAGAUCAGCAGCUCAAAAAACUCCUGAUACAUUUACCAUAAACUGGUGGCCAUAAUAACUCUCAUUGCAUUUUGGCAGCUGCAUGAAAGACUUUGUUUUCCAGUGGUACUUAGUUAGACGCAGCUUGUGGUUGUUACUCUUCACACAGCUUUGUAGUCAUGAAAUUCAUGAUCUAAAUUACAGUUUGUAGUUCCCAGUCUUCAUGGAGAGUUUUUUAGAUGAAACGACCCCAAGUUUCAGUCAGUCCCAGUCAUGAGUGAAGUGGCGGCUAUAAACAGCUGCUGUUGUCCUGACAACUUCAAAGGAGGCAGUGGAGGAAUUUUCCUGCUACACACCUUUUUAUAUCACUGCCUCAAAGCUCAGUCAUUUUUGUAUUUAACCUGAAGAUAUCACAUGUUUGUGUUCACAGACGUAGACGAUGGUGUGAAGAGGGAGUAUAUUCCUGUACCCAUACCUGUGCCUGUCUUCAUCCCCAUGCCCAUGAAUAUGUAUGCCCAGGUCACCCCAACUCCAGUUUCUCUGCCUGUACCGGUGAGACAUGAGUCGUCAGAUUAUAAACAUUUCUCCAGAUUAAACCAGAUCUCUGAAGGCCUGUCUUAUAAUUGUGAAAGUUUUGCUUAAAAUGGUUCUCUUAAGACCAAACCUGUGCAAAACAGAUAAAAAGUGGAGGUCUGUUAAAAUUCUGUUGUUAAUUUUAAGGUUAAAAAGCAAAACCCAAGCAACUUCAUUAAAAAUGGCCUAAUCUUGGUUUUCUGGUCCUGUCUUCUCCAGGUUCCUGUGCCUGUGUUCUUGCCCACCACCCUGCAGGGGGCAGAGCAGAUCGUAGAGGCCAUCAACGACCUGAAAAACAAGGUGUCCUCCAACCCUGCAGAGUCUGACCUGAUCUCUAAGACUGAGGUGACCACAGAGGAUCAGAAACCAGGUACAGCCCAGUGAAACUUUAUUGUCUCAGUUUAAAAACUAGAGAUUGGAGAAGUGAUGCUGUUUUUUUUCAGUGUUAUGAAAACACGAUCCUCUGCAGUCUCUUGAAAGCACUUCUAAACAAACAGAUGUUCCAGUUCAGUUCAGAUCUGAAGGAGUUUGCAGCAGAUGAUAAUGACUUUCUUGUUUGUGCCAGAUGUGAAGCCCGUGAAGGUUAAAAGAGAGCGAGAGGAAGACGAGUCCCCGAGUGGCAGCAGCUCUGCAGGAGAGAAGGUUGUGAAAAAGGAGAAAAAGGAGAAGAGUAAUAAGGAGGACAAGAGUAAUAAGGAGGAGAAGAGAGAAAAGGAGGAGGAGAAGAAAGAAAAGGAGGAGGAGAAAAGCAAAAAGGAGGAGGAGAAAAGAGAAAAGGAGGAGGAGAAAAGCAAAAAGGAGGAGGAGAAAAGAGAAAAGGAGGAGGAGAAAAGCAAAAAGGAGGCGGAGAAGAGAGAAAAGGAGGAGGAGAAAAGCAAAAAGGAGGAGGAGAAGAGAGAAAAGGAGGAGGAGGAGAAAAGCAAAAAGGAGGAGGAGACGGAGGAGGAGGAUGACAAAUACGACCCAAACCUGGACCUGGAGGCAGACUUUCCUCAAGGUAAACACCCUCUGAAUGUUUACUGACAGAUCUGUCGAUGUGAGGCAUCAAUGAUUCUGCUUCUGCAUUUCAAGGACCAACAUUUUCUCAUAUCAUAAUUUGAUUAAAAAAAAACAAAUCCGCUUUUUGUUCAGACUAUUUGGUUUUUACCCACUGAGGAAUAAAUGAGGUCUACAGAGAUAUAAAUGAAACUUGAAACAAGUUUAUCUUUUUCAUAUUUAAGUUUGAUGUGAUGAAUAAAUACUCCUGAAUAUAAUCAGUCAGCUUGUCACUGUCUCUCACCUUCACUCCUUCUGUGCGCACAUCUGUUUGAGCAGCUCUUACGUAACAUCUGACCACAUGGGCUUGUUUUCAAUGGAUCAGUUCAGUAAUUGGGAUUAAAAUUUUUCCCUCUGGUUAUUUCUGGGCCUGCUGUCAUCAUUACUGUCAGCAAAGAGGGUUGAAGGUUUGGUGGUCUGUCCAAAGAGAGGGUAUUCAGUCAUGAACUAAGCCAGGAAUAUCAUGUAUAGUUAUUUUUAUUUGUUUCAUUCUGUCCUGACCUGCUAACCCAUGAUGUCACUUUAUUUCAUGUCCUUGUUUUACGAAUAUCUUUCUCAAACCAUUGAAACGAUGGAAUUAAAGAAUAAUGUCAAUCCAAAUAUGAAAAUAAUUAACAGUUUUUGUUUCUUGUCUCAGCCUCAGACCCUGCUCCAGUCCUGGAGGGAAUGGACGAGGACAUGAGUUUCUCACUACCUACUGUUCUGGCAGAGGAGAAGGAGGAGUCAGCACCUCGACCACAACCCAGGAGACAAGUAUGCACAAUAAACAACAUAAAACAUAGUCUCUGUGGUAUCCUACUCUUGAUUUAGAGGUGUAAGGAGGCUUGUUCAAAACAAGCAGUACACUGUAUUAAACAGUAUAUAAUCACUACACAACAUUAAGUCCCUUCAAACUGUCACUGAUAUUGAACUCAGUACAAACUGCAGCAGAACCCAAACACUAAUUUGAUACGACAUCGACACUGAACAUGCAGGAGAAUACAGUGUAAUCUCUGCAACAAACAUGGACUUCAAAACAAGGGAUGAGUUUCCUGGAGAGAGUGAUGAGACUGAAAAGGUCAUAGAGUAGGUGGUUGAAUUCAUGGUUUUGGACAAUCUCCCAUCUCUGGAGGAGAACGCAGGCUUUUGUCAUCUUUUUGGAGCUUUUGGAUCCGCAGUAUUUCCUGCGAUCUCAACACUACUUUGUAUCAGCAGACAGUAUUAAUAAAUCUGAUAAGGAUUGGGAUAUACAAACAACUAUGCUAAAAACGACAGCAGAAAAAAACAAGGUUCUCGAUUUCAGAUGGUGUUACGUCCACUAACUGAUCUGUAAUCCUCUUUUUUCAGUCUUUAAUAAUUGUUGUGUUUGUGUUGCAGGGUAAUAAGAGACGGGCUGUUGAGGAGAGCUCGGAUCUCGCCUCGUCCUCUUCGUCUAAUCCACCAGGAAAACCCUCAGAAAGACGAUCGCUGCCUCUUAAAGUUCGAUACGGCGUCCAUGCCUGGAAACGCUGGGCGAUGUCUGCUCCCGAUAAAUCAUCUGACACCAAAGUAAAAGAUCGCUCCAAGCCAGGUGAGCUGAACUUGAUCUUUAAUCAGCCGCCCUUCCUGAAAAGGCUGAAUUAGCUUGCCUCUAGUUAGCUUUCUCGGCUGUAAAAUAAAGCUUGAAAUGAUUUUAGGAUCGUUCACCGACUGCCUGUCUGUGUCGUGUUUUUGUCUCCUGCAGCUCGGUCGAAGAGUAAUCUGUUGUCGCUGAGUUCGAAGGAGCUGAACGAGGCUCUGUCUCGGUUUGUCAGGGAGGUGUGCCGGCCCAACGGGGAGCGCUACUCUCCAGACAGCAUCCUCUACCUCUGUCUGGGGAUUCAGCAGGUUCGUAACAGUCGAGAGUAUCAAGGACUACAACCCCAGCAGUACCUGUGUGAAAACAUAGGCAGUAGGAUAUUCAUGUUAAAAAAUUUGACCACUUUGAACACAAAAACUAAAAACGUCAUCCAAACUCACUCAUUCCCUAUUUCUUGUUUUUCCUUCGAUCCUUUUCCAAAGCAAGAAUAUCAUAACACAACGGAAAAUAAUUUUUUAAAAUAUAUAUUAUGCUGGGAUAAACAGGACCCUAUUUUGUUUGUUUAUAGUUUAAACCUAAAAAAAUACAAAGAGUAGGAAAACAACUUAACAUCUAUUACAAAUAAAGGCUAAUAGUCAUAUAAAAUGCCUUAAAUCAUGUUGAACAAAUGCAAUAUAUAUGAAGGUCAUGCAAAAUUGGCAGUUGUGUUGUUCCGAGAUUUAUUGUGUUGACUGCUUCUGUACUACCACAAUAAGUAUUUUCUUUACCACAGAGUGAGUAUAAUUGUAAGCUUCAGAGUUAAAGACUCUAAAAUUUGACAGUAAAUCCACAUGUUUAAGCUCAAAGUACAACCUUAACUUCCAGCCCAUACUGUUCGUGUUUGCUAGUUUUAAUGUGGCUUUGUGUGUCAGCAUUUCCACUGUGGGUGGCUAAAAAUAUAUGUAAAUAAACUAUCAGAAAAUUACAAUCUAGUGAAAUUAAAUUCUUCUUUAAUCAAGAUUAUUUCAAAAGCUAACUUCAAAGCUAACUUCACUUCAUGUUGUGGUAAAUUUCCAUCUGUGUUCAUAAUGAGGGUAGGAACUAAUUUAAGGGAGAGUGUUUCCAGGGGGACACAUAUUCCUAGUGCGCUGUCUUCCUCCCUGCUCCCUCACAUGUGAGCAGCAGCAGUAGCAGCAGCAUGGCUACUAAAAGAAGGUCUGGAUUGCCUGAGGUCUUUUGGAUUGUGACUUUUCUAAAAGAUAAAUGUGAGGUUAACUUUAUCUUCCUUUAAUAACAACUAUUUCCAGAAUGUAUGUUUUUUAUGUAAAUUAUCAGAUUAAAACAGACUUAAAACUCUAAGAAAUGUCUUCAAACUUUUCAGGGCCUGCUCUCCUUUACCUUCUUCUUAGGAAUCUAAUUGAAAAACUUGUUUUUCAGUGAUUUUUACAGAGAAGUAGAGUUUUAUUUUUCCAUUCUUGAGUAGAAAAAAAGUGAAAAGGUGAUUUAUUUUAUUUUAUUUUAUUUUUUAUUCCAGAUGGGUCUGAAUGCAGAAACCGUGUGUCUAAUGAUUAUAAUCAUUUGCUGUUCACAUCCUGAUAACAGUGAUGAUCAUUUAAAUAUGAGGACACCCGAGUUUUUGAGGAAAAACACAUUUCCCCUUUUGUUCUUUUGACCUCUUUCUAACAUGUGAUUUUUAUUUAUUUUUAACUUUUUUUCAUGUAUGUAUGUUUUUAUUUUUUGGAAGCAUCUUCAUGCAAAAGGCCGGAAGGAUGACCUGUUUGCUGAUCCUUGCUAUCAGCAGUUUGGAGAAGAGCUCAACAAAGUCCUGAAGGAUUGGCAGCCCAGUGUGCUUCCUGAUGGUGAGAGAAAUGAAUCUCUGCCCUUAAAUAUGAAACUUUAUCUUGUUAUUCUUGCGAAGUUAGAAACCUGUUAAAAAAAGGACAAUUUGCAAACAUAGAGGCCAGACAUGGAGGCUUAGGUCAAAUAAUAAUUCAGUAACUAACCAAAGUCUGUAUACCGUGCAGCUUUAGAGCUUGUUGAAUAUAACCAUGUUGUUUCUAAGGGCGUUGAUUUUGGACUUACUGUGAUUUUUCUUUCUACUACAUUAUAGAUAAACUUGUGAUAAAGCAACCCUUUUUAGGAAUGGAGUUAUUUGAUAUUGCACUGUGUAUCACAUGCAUUUCUUUUCUAUAGUCCUGAAAUUGCAGACAAAUAUUCGACAGAGAGGAAGUGUAAUUUGGGAACAAAGAUACUAACAAAGAUACUGGAGUGAGCCAGUAGCUCUCACAAUUAUUGGUUUAACUCAAGUGUUGAGUUUAAAAGACGGUUAUCUUUAAGGAGCAAAGAUGCCACAGAAAUAGUCCGAGGGUGUAAUUCUGUUCAUCUGCAGUGUUGCUGCAGUGUCCGAUGAUUAAAACUCUUUGCUGUUCACAUCCUGAUAUUUUGUGAUUGCACUUUUUGUAAUAUGAGGACACUGACAGCCAAAAAAAGACUCACAUGUUUAAAGCAGGAUCCGAUACUAAACUUAGAUUAAGGUGUUGUUAGUACGAGUUUCUAAUAUUGUCUUUUUCAAGUUUCAAGAUGGUUGUGAAGCUUCUGAUCCAAAAAAUGUAGGUGGCAAAUUAAACUAAUCUUUUCGGGAGGCUAAAAAAAUUGAGUUUUAGACAGAAGUCCACUCAAAGAAGAGAGUUAUUCUAAGUGAUUUAUACCCCCCUGCAGGAUCACUGUGGGGUCGAGUGGAGGAGCAGAGUCUAUGGAACAGCCGGCAGCUCGGGGAGCAGAGUCCAGCCGCUCUGCUACGCUCUCUGGUUUACCUGAACACCAAAUACUUCGGCCUGCGCACCGUGGAGCAGCACCUCCGCCUCUCCUUUGCCAACGUCUACGGCCCCGACACCGUCCAUCCUGUCACUAAGGAGACCACCGUCUGCAUCCGCGUGCCUUCCAUCUCUCAGGAUCACAAUGGUGAGACUUAACUUAGCAUCAGCCCUCAAGUUUAGAGUCUAUGAGGUCAAAGCCCAGAUACUCUGAGACACCGAAAUUUAAUGAUUUAUGUCUUUGGUUCUUCAGUGCAAACAGAGUCGAGGAAGAGGAAGCGUAAACUUGAGGACAAAGAUCAGGACUUGGAACGAGACGAUGACUCGGGAGGUUCCUCAGCGUGUUGCCCGGUCAAGAAGCACGAGUGUCACCUUUAUGAACUCUACAGGUCAAAGUGGUGGGUUCAACCGCAUUUCAUUAAUACUUUUUCCAGUGGAGUGAUAAUACAGAGGAGCAGCUUGUGCAGAAUAAAGUCUACCCUAGCCAAAGCUCCUUAAAUCUGCUGGACUGGUUGCCAAAAAGGGUCCAUAUCCACGUGUGCUUAAACAGGAUGUGGUUGAAUGAAAGCAAACAUGAAGCAUCAGGAGCAUUCAAGCAGACUUAACAGUCCCUGCUAAGAGAAACAAGAGUGCUACAGAACAGCCUUCGUAACCUAGCAGCAGGAAGUGCCAGUGAGAGGGGAAGUUAAAACAGAUUUAUACCAAAAAGGGCAGAUUAGAUUGAAGCUCUCAUUAAAGGAUCUUAAAUUAAAGAUGCAGUGUGUAUCAUUCAGUGGCUUUUUUUGUUUGUUUUUGGUAACUUGAAUUAAAAAAUCAAAAGGGCCUACUCAGGAUUUUAAAAAGUGUAGAAAAUGUGACUGAAUCAAAUGACCUGAAAAGUUAGUUUUGGUGUCUUUUUCUCCGGUUUCAGUCGGUUGAAAGUUGAUUUUAGAGAAUGCUUGUGCUUCCAGUGUCUUUGUUUUGCACUCUUGAUGAAAUUAAAGCUGGUUUCCAUAUUUUAAGUCCUGUGAUUAUAACUUUUUGCUGUUCACAUCCUGAACCACGGUGUUGAUCAUUAAAAGAUGAGGACUUAACAUGAAACCAUUUUAAAAUGCAGAAGUUCAGAACAACAGAUUAAAAUUUUCUCUCUCCCCCACCCCCUUUUGCCCUCUUUGUCUCUCCUUGAAUGUUUUUUUCCUCCUUUUUUCAUCUUAAUUUAUCCCGUUUUCAUCUUUUCUCUACUUCUAACUCAUUAUCUUUGAUUUAUUCUUAUUCAUUAACUUUCUCUCUUUCUUCUCUUCACUAACAUCACUCCCCCACUUCCUCCUCUCUCACUCCCCCCUCCAGCCCAGCGUCAUUACAGGAGCGUCUAGAUGUCUUCUACGUCCAGCUGGAUCCGUCUUGCAACCCUGACGACCCGCUGUGGUUCAGCUCCACACCCUUGGAGCGACAGAUCCUGGAGAGCCUCCUCACCCGAAUCCUCAUGGUCAGGGACAUCUACACAGACAAGCAGCACCUGGAGGGAGACGAUGAGGAGGAGAACAGGGGUGAUGUGGUUGAGGGAGAGUAGCAGAAGCCUGGACUUGAACUAGAACCUGAACAGAAGCAGACGAGGAGGAAAGCUAGCAGAGCGUGUGCCGCUCCUCCCCUGUCUUAUCGUCCGGUCCUUUUUCCCCUCCUCGCUGACUGGCUGUCUCCUCCUGGUGGGGAGCGUCCAACACAGGGAACUGUGGAGAGUAGAGGAGGAAGAAAAUGGCGAAGAAGAGCAGCCAGAAUCGUUGCUGAUUUUGUUCUCAAAAAAAAAAACUUUGAACAGAAGAAGAAAACAGCAACAGCCGUGUUUUGGUGGGAGACAAAGGAAGAGGCGUAGUCUGUGCUCAAGAUGUGAAAACCUUAAAUCAGGUAGAAAACUGACUGUUUUGACGGUUAUCCUCCGGUAUUUUUUGAAAGGACAAAGAGACGAGACAAGGAGUUUAAAAAACUGAUAAAAUCACACAUUCAUGCUUUAACAAAGACUCAGCAGCCACACUGAGAAGGGGGAGGAGGAAAAAGGCUGCUGUGUUUACAAAGUUAAAAGUAGGAAACUGCAAACUGGGAGGUUGAAAUUUCAUCUUUGAAGCAGUCAGACUCUCAUGGUUUAAAAACUACAACAGAGCUACAGAAAGCAGCUUUAUCAUGCUACUGUAGCUGCUUCUGUAUCUUCCAUAAUCCCACUAAAGGACGAUUUAGGAUUUCCCACCAAAAGGGCUUAUAAAACCACCUAUUUGUAGUAUGCUGUUGACUUUACAACAUUCCUCCUCCAUAAAUGGGAAUAUCUUUGAGAAAAGUGGUGCACACCCAUACAGCCAUUAGUUCGAGAGAUUUUUCCUCAGGUAAAAGUUUGGCAAAAUCUACUUAGUGGUUACAGGAAAGUAGUUUAUGCAAAGGUAAUGGAACAGCUAAAGUUAUAAACAUCAAAAUGCAGCAGCUGGAAUAGUUACGCCAUUCACUGAAAUCCACCUUUUUACAGUCAUAAACCUCCAUUCUUGUGUUUAUUCAGCUCAAUUACAACAUGACAUCUUUGAAAUAUAUUGUCUUGUGUUUAACAGACAUUAACAGACUUAAACUCAUGUUACUUGCUACAUUAAGAUGGACUUUCAGACUUUCAUGCAAUGCAACACCAGACCAGCAGCCUCCUCCUCCUCCUCCUCCAGUUUCAGUAACCUGCUGUCUCACUCAUCCACCCUCACCUGUGCUGCUUUCAUUUCGCUCUUCCUCCGUCAAACUGCUCUCAGGCAAAACCUUCGCACCACAGAGGACUCCUCAGCUCAGCUGGGCCGGAGUCAGGACUGAUCCCAGGACAGUGAAAGAGGAUUGGACUCUGCUGUGGUGCCGGGUGACCUCCUCCCAACAUGCUGCAUUUCUUUAUCUUAAGGGGAACCUUCAUCCAUGCAAUGUAGCAUUAAGUGCGUGCUGAACCCACACCGGGUCGUUUCGAUGUGUAAAUAACUCCGAAGCGAGGCGGUUCUUUGACGCGGAGUCCACACAGAGUGACAUUGUGAGGUUUUGUUGAUGGAUGAAAACCCACUGAAACCUUCAGCUUGAAAACCCGCCUCCUAAGAAGCCUUUUUUUUAAGACUGAUUAUUUAUUUCUUUUUUUAUUUGUUUGACCGUGUCUUCUUUACGUCGGGUGGGAUUGUGAUGUGCACCGUUUCUCUCUCAGCCGUCAUACAUGAAACACCUGCUGCAGCUCUGCUCCUUCACAUCCUGUCCUUUUAUAAAGUAUAGUUUGGGAACCUGCAUAACCCGUCAGACAUGAAUUAUUCAAACCUUAUGAGACUAUUUUUUUCUCUCCUUUUUAAAAGCAUGUUUCUGUUUUCAUCCCUUAUUUUCCGUUAAACUCAGUGUGGAUGAAGUUUCAAUCACAUUACUGGGUUUAGAAGUUCCCUGUUUUCUGUCCAAGCUGGUUUUGUUAUAAAAGUUGAGAAACGUGUCUUUGUUUACUUUCAUGGACUGAAACAUGUCGUUUCACUGCCCAUUGUUCAUUUCCAUCAUACUUUUAUACAUUUGUGUUUAAAUUCCCUUUUUUUAUGUUAGAAUUUUUAAAUUUGCUUCGGGAUCAUACAAAUAAAUUUGCCAUUUGGCGUCAUUUAAAGAUGAAGUUCAUAAUAUUUGAGGGUUUCUUUUCGGACACCAUUGAUUUCUAUACAAAAUGGGUGGUUUUCUGAGAUGUAAAGCUCAAUUUUACCACAAACUAAUGUAUGUUUUUCUCCAAGUAUAAAGAACACCCUCCUCAGAUGAUGAGUUUGAAACACCAUAAACACAAACAUGUCUUCUCUGUAAGAUCCAAACCGUUCUAUGCUGCAAAAGAGUUGUGUUACACUUAUUUUGUCUACUUGACUUCGCAUUUUCUGCUCUGGAUUUGCAGCGAAACAUUUCAGGAACAGAGGAGGUGGAUUUUGAGGAAGAACUGGUCUGGUUUGUCAACCCCAGAUCAGUUACCAGCCCAUAAUUCAAUCCUGCAAACUUGACUGAGGAAGUUUUUAAAAAGUGACCCUGGAUCAGAGGACUCUGUUAAAACCCCCCUCCCUGAUUUCCCUGCUGGACUCAGAGGCGGUGACCAAACCUCUUCCUGCAGGUUUGGACCUACAGUAGUCGCUGUUGCUGGCUCUAAAGCCUAAUGUGAAUGUGCCUAUCUGUAUAUACUGAAAGUGAGUGAUUGUGACUCUGAUGCUUUGUGUGUGGGCGGAUCUGCUGAUACAGUCGUGUUAAAUAAAUGGUUUCAUUUUCUAAACAGA